UCAACGGUAGUAAUUAACGUUAUUAGUUAUUACAAUUUGUUAUUGUUUAUUGUAUCGACGUGACGUCGUACCAUUAUCAAUAAUAAAUUAUGUAAAAUCAUUAUUUUUUUAAUAAUAUUAAUUAAAAUACACAAUCAUUAUUCUACCGGUAUUCUUUCAUAUUUUGAUUUUUAUGUUUCACCACUUGCAUAACGAAUUAGUGUAGUUCUGAAAUUUUAAUUCCAUUAAAAUAUGGAUUUAGUAAUCGAACUGAACAACAAAAGUGCCGGACGUGAUAGAAUAGCGAGGUUUUUACAAUAUGGUUCUAAAACAGCGUGGCAUUAUAUGGAAAAAAAAGAUAUCAACAUCGAUACCAUUUACAAGAUGAAACAGUUAGAACAGUCAUUAGCGGCGUUUCGAAAGUUGUUACGAUUUGGUCGCUUCAUAGAUUCACUGCACACUGCCUUGAGGACGGUCAACCAUUCAGAUAAGACGAUACGUUUUUGUGUGACUUUUUCGAAAAUAGCACAUUCGCUGUACCUGCUAUGCGAUCAUUAUUUGUGGUUAGGAAAACAAAAUUUUAUUCAAGUGAAUGCCACCAAAUGGAGCCAAGUGGCCAACAAGUAUUGGCUUCUGUCCAUAGUUUUAAAUCUCGUCAGGGACGUCGUAGAGCUGAACAGGUUGUUGAAAGCGGUAUUGAAGAAAAAGAUCUUAAACACUCUGAGUCGAAAAGUAGCUCCCAGGGACGUUUUCACCGGUGAAGCGAUCCAGUUUGUGCGCGACCACAAAGACUUGUUAAUUGAUACCGUGAAAAAUGGCUGUGAUUUGAUGUUACCUUUGACCAAUUUGGGUAUUGUCCGUCUUAGUCCGGGCAUAAUCGGCGUCGCCGGCAUGGUGUCGUCCACACUCAGUUUGUACACGUUGAUCGAUCGGCGAGCAAAAUUAUCAUAUACAUAAAAUAAUUUGUGUGUAUUAUUUUCAAACAUUGCCAUUGCCGUGUUUAAAGACUGUAAUUGAUCAAAUUGGAUGAUGUUAUGUAAUAGUUAAGACAUUGUGUUAUUUUCAUGUUAAUUAUUUUUAUAUUUUUUAUGUCAUAAAAUGGUAUAACGUGUAACAUAUUAAGACUUUUGAACAUUUAAAUUUAUUUAAAAUGUGUUUUAUUUAUUCUUUAAGGCAGGAUUAGAAGGAUAUAUUAUAUGUAUAACUACAACUAGUUUUAUACUUAAGACAAAAAAC